CGGUGGAUGGCACAGCUGGUGUGCUCCUGAGAGGAGAGCCGCUGGCCUGGGAGCCAUGUCGGCGGCUUCGGCUGUGGCCGUGCUGCUGGUGGCGGUGGAGAGGAACCGAUGGCAGCGCCUCCCGAAUCUGCUCCUUGCGCCGAGGAGAUGGACAUGGAACCGGGGAACCAGGAGGUAUUCGGCCACCACAGGAAGAAGCAUUACCAAGGUUCUCAUUGCAAACAGAGGAGAAAUUGCCUGCAGGGUGAUGCGAACGGCGAAAAACAUGGGUGUGCAGUCCGUGGCUGUGUACAGUGACGCUGACAGGAACGCCAUGCAUGUACACAUGGCAGACGAAGCAUAUUGCAUUGGCCCUGCUCCCUCCCAGCAGAGCUACCUCGCUAUGGAGAACAUCAUCCACGUGGCCAAGAUCUCCGCUGCACAGGCUAUCCAUCCAGGAUAUGGGUUUCUUUCAGAAAACACAGAAUUUGCUGAGCUGUGUAAGCAAGAGGGAAUUAUUUUUAUAGGUCCUCCUUCAUCUGCAAUUAGAGACAUGGGUAUAAAGAGCACUUCCAAAUCCAUCAUGGCUGCCGCCGGAGUCCCUGUGAUCGAAGGUUAUCACGGCGAGGACCAGUCUGACCAGUGCCUGAAAGAGCAUGCCGGGAGGAUUGGUUAUCCGGUCAUGGUGAAAGCUGUCCGUGGAGGAGGAGGAAAAGGCAUGAGGAUUGUCAGAUCAGAAAGCGAAUUUCAAGAACAGUUAGAAUCAGCCCGGAGAGAAGCUACGAAGUCUUUCAACGACGAUGCCAUGCUGAUUGAGAAGUUUGUGGACACGCCCAGGCACGUGGAGGUCCAGGUGUUCGGCGACCACCAUGGCAAUGCCGUGUACUUAUUCGAGAGAGACUGCAGUGUACAGAGGAGGCACCAGAAGAUCAUAGAAGAGGCUCCUGGGCCUGGAAUUGAACCUGAAGUCAGAAGGAAGCUUGGAGAAGCUGCGGUCCGAGCUGCGAAGGCUGUAAAUUAUGUGGGUGCAGGAACUGUGGAGUUUAUUAUGGACUCAAAGCACAAUUUCUACUUCAUGGAGAUGAACACAAGGCUGCAAGUAGAACAUCCCGUUACUGAAAUGAUCACAGGAACUGACUUGGUAGAGUGGCAGCUUAGGGUCGCAGCAGGAGAGAAGAUUCCCUUGAGGCAGGAAGAAAUCACUCUGCGGGGCCAUGCCUUUGAAGCUCGGAUAUACGCAGAAGACCCUAGCAAUAACUUCAUGCCAGGGGCCGGGCCGUUAGUCCAUCUCUCCACGCCGCCAGCAGACCUUUCCACUAGGAUCGAAACGGGAGUCCGACAAGGAGAUGAAGUGUCAGUGCACUAUGACCCCAUGAUUGCGAAGCUGGUCGUCUGGGCCGCGGACCGCCAGGCGGCCUUGACGAGGCUGAGGUACUGCCUCCGCCAGUACAACAUUGUUGGCCUGCACACCAACAUCGACUUCCUCCUCAGCCUCUCCGGCCACCCCGAGUUUGAAGCUGGGAAUGUGCACACAGACUUCAUUUCUCAACACCACGGAGCUCUGUUUCCCACUAGGAAAGCCACGGCCAAGGAGUUUUUGUGCCAAGCAGCCCUGGGCCUCAUCCUCCAGGAGAAAGCCAUGACGGAGGCUUUCAGACUUCAGACGCAAGAUCCAUGGUCCCCAUUUGCAUCUAGCAGCGGACGAAGACUGAAUGUCUGUUACACCAGACACGUAACUCUGAAGGAUGGUAAAACCAACGUAGCCAUGGCUGUAACCUAUAACCACGAUGGGUCGUACAGCAUGCAGAUUGACGACAAGACGUUCCGGGUCCUUGGGGAUCUGCAAAGCGAGGGAGGCUGCACCUACCUGAACUGUUGCGUGGACGGGGCUGCCAAGAAAGCCAAGCUCAUUAUCCUGGAAAACACAAUUCACCUCUUCUCCACGGAAGGAAGUGUUCAGAUUGACAUCCCAACUCCCAAAUACUUGGCCUCAAGGUCUGAAGGAACUCAAGGAGGUACCACGGCUCCCAUGACUGGGACCAUUGAAAAGGUGUUGGUGAAAGCUGGAGACAGAGUGAGAGCUGGGGAUUCCCUGAUGGUGAUGAUCGCCAUGAAAAUGGAGCACACCAUAAAGGCUCCAAAGGAUGGCAGGAUCAAGAAGAUUUUCUACAGAGAGGGUUCCCAGGCCAACAGGCAUGCUCCUCUCAUCGAGUUUGAGGAGGAGAACCCUGAAAAGGGGGACUAGAAAUAAACUCCGUGAAAGAAAUGGCCAAUGAAGAGGUGUCCGAUCUCUCCGUGGAAGAGAACCUGCCUUUCCGCUCCUCCGGGAGCUCACCGAUGGGUGCAUUCUGUCACGUGCGUGUGCUAGAGCCUUUUCAUACUGGUGAAUCAUGUGCUUGGGCCACAACUAUUAUGAAUGAUCUCACAAUAUUUCACAUUAAUAAAGUGGCAUUACACUUAAAAAAAAACAUAUCGGGCACUCUUACAGCUCUAAUAACAAACCAUUCAUUGACUAAGAAAUUACACUUUCUUAUCUGAAGUUCA